GUUGAAGAGGUUGCCAAGGACGGUUUGUUUUCGGAAACUUCGCUAAACAACAACGCUAGUUUGGGCCUUCGGAUACAUCAAACCCAAUUAUCAUUACAACAAGGAGCGCUCUGCGGUUGUAUUUAUUAUGCUUAUGAUGUUGUCUCCGGCUAUACCAAGUUCUAUCACUUACCCCUAGUACUGUGGCGCAAUAUCCCCAGCAACUCUCUCCUACUGCCAGUGCAACUUUCAUACUUACAGCCAAUAUAUCGAGAUAUAAUGUGGUUUACAAGCCGAGAAAAGUCUUCAUCGCUUGACAGAAACCUUUUCACGGUCGGCACGAGCAACAGCUCGGAAGCAAGAAAACCAUUUGCGUCGUCCAUUCUCGCCACACUUCAGUCAAUCUUCACAUACUUCGCUUCUCCCCAGCAAAGUUCGGAACCUUCGCCUUGCUUGGAACAUUCAGAAUCUCCACGUAGUUCGGAGCCUGAGCCUGCUUGGUUGGGAUUUGUUGACAGCUCGCCUCAAUGGAGGAGAUCCCUCUACCACAUUGAACGCAAUAUUCCAAAGCGAGAGAGGAAGCAACAAAUUCUCUAUGUUCCGCACGGGCGUUGGGAGUUUGUGAAGGAUAUGCAAGGAAUUAACUCAAUGACCAUAGCUAAUAUUACGCGUAUGUUUAUUCCUUUCGGAUGUUUACGCCACACUCGACAUGUUAAUGGUCUUACAGAGAACCGUAUACGUUCCGUUGUAAUCGCGGAAGGUCAAUUUGGUGACCUUGUUAUUCCUCACAUCAUAAAACGAUGGCACCAUGGAGUCUCCAAUAACAGAAAGGGCUUCUUUUCAGAGCUGGCUCUGUACAAAGCUCAACAAUAUCUCAAACCUCUCCAAGGAGAUGUCGUGCCCCAUAUCAUCGGGGUUUACGCUACUGACGAAGGCCUCGAUGUCAAGAUGGAAUUGCCACAUUCCUCAUUCUGGAUUGAGGCGUCAUCCAAAAUGCCGGAGGUACUCAAGGAGCGAUGUGUUCAAGCAUACAUGAAGAUCCACUCACGAGGCGUAUUACAUGGUUCUGUCGAGCUCCGACAUAUGCUGAUCAGCCCAGACGCGAAUGUCAGUAUCGUUGAUUUUCACCGAAGCCGUGCGCUAGACCCCAAGCCCGAAGUCGGCAUCGCCGCAGCCAAACCGGAGGAGUUCGAGAUGGAGCUGCGGAAGGUCAUGUACAAGCUUGAUUAUAGAAACGCGAGGGUCACGGAAACCCUUCGCUAUCAUAAAGCACGGAGAAGACGAGAAUUUAAUCUAGCUAGUCAGCGUUAUACGGAGACUUAUGGCGUCCCAACUGAAGAGCAGCCAGAAACAGAAGACGAAAAGAAUACCCCUCCCCCAUCGGAUGAAGAAUGGACAAGUUCAUGGGCAGUCAACCUGGAUCAUCAGCCUAAACGUUUCGAAAUGAAGGACCAGACACAGGAUGAGCUAGAGGCAGCCUGGAAGGACUUCAACGAGUUACUCUAUCAUUUGGAGGGGGACUAUUGGGUGAGGAUGUAUAAGCCUAUGUUCAGACAAACGGAGACAAAGGCGGAGGCGGAGUUUAGACCCGCUGUUAAGCGAAAGGCCAUAGCGCUACCCGACGAUAACCCUCCGAACAAAAGACUUCGCUCUUCUUCACCCACCCCCAGCACCAUUUCUGAACAGUCAGAUUCCACCAUAGAAACAGCUGCUACAACGUCGUCCACUACCGAGGACAUGUCGUCCACAGAUUGCCCUUCGCCAUCGCGGAGCGAAACAUUGCCACUCACCGAAGUAGCUGCGAGUGGCCACCUUCCUACCGACCCCUCCCCCGAAUUCUCCUCUGAGUCCGAGUCCGAGUCCGAGUCAGAGUUGUCUUUCACCUUAUCAUCCGCAGCUGAUUCACCACCCAAGAUGACCGCACCGGAAGAAGACUACCCUGUGCCUUUCGUCUGUGUUGAACACAACUCGAGCUCUAUCGAAGAGAUUGCCGAGGAGGAUCUUCCAACUGUCUCGUGCUCAUCAACCUCCACAUCCAAAGAACCCAAGGUUCGCGAUUACGCAUACAUACCAUACGAUGGGCCAAAGGGCUAUUACUUCCCUUAUCCCCCUAUGGAGACUAGAGCUGCCCUUGAUCGAAUCAUAAGUAUCCGAACCCAGAAUGCUGGUAGAUGCGUCGGAGAGGGUCUACCCUAUCGUUUCUCGGACAUUCGUCUCAUGCUCGGUUGGUCACAAACUCCGCCACGAGGCUCAGACUCCACUGUUGCUCUUGGAAACAUGAAACGAAAACGAGAGGAGAUCCUUGCCUUGGAUACCGCAGAGCGUCCUAAGAAGAAACCACGCCUCGAAAUCCUUGAUAUCCCGCACGACCCUAGCCUCGGACCAGAUCCUGCGUACGGAGUCGGUUCAACGUUCUUAGAUCUUCCCGGCAAACGCUUCCUGUCCAAGGACGAAUUCCUAGAACGCCAGAAGCCAAAUAAAGGGAAGGGUCCUGCAGCGGGUAAAGGUAAACUGAAGAGUAUUCUCAAACCCACGAAACCUGUAAAGACAGUUUCGUAUGCAAAAGAGGACUGGCCUGAUGAUCCUGAGGCUCCAUUGUCUCCAAAACUGAUGCCGGAGAAGAUCGCUAUAAGGACAACAGAGUUCCGAGCAGUCAUGAACAGCGUGGUAGACCCAAGGAUCGAAACCAGUAUCUUUGGCAGAAUAGGCCUGAAGUCAAUGCCUGCAACACCUAUGCUUCCAAUAGUGGCGGGAGCAAGCCACAUUGCAGUACCUGCUCGUGAUAUGACCUACGACUUGAUCAUGGCGCAGAAGUGCAAGUUUGGGAAGAUGGAUCGUUCUGCACAUGCCGAUUUCGAGACGCAAAGUACCAGGCCUAAACCACGGAGCUUCACGAUGCCGUCUGAGCAACACCAGCAACAGCAGCGACCCAAUAUUCCACCACGGCCUAAUACAAUGAAGAACAUAAUGAUGAAGGAUCCAGCGUUUUCUUGGCUGUUUAGCAGAGGCCCUUUUGGCGCUUCCGGUCCCGGUCCCAGUCCCAGUUCCAGUUCCAGUUCCAGAUCGGGUGGCGAAUCCUCCAAUUCCGCUGACAGAUUUUACCAUGUUAGAACUCCCUCUUCGCGCUCCGCCGGUACAUCUUCUGACAGCACCUCCAAGAACUACCCUAAAGUUAACCUGAGCGAGUUGGACGGCAUGCCUGUCAUCGACUCAGCUUUCGAGGAGGACUAGUCUGGUGAUGAACCGCGCAGGUGAUCUCCCGGGACCACCAUGACAUUGAUGUUGAAAUGCUGGAUGCCGAUGAGGGACGGAAGCGAAAGCGACACUCCAACGGAAAUUAGUCUGCAGAUGAGGCUAGUUGACUGUACUUGUAAUGUAUCAGAAUGAUUGACAAAUUGUACCUGCCAGAUUGCAGAGGUUUUGCAGUGUUGACGUAGACGUCUUUAUUCAUAUUAGUUUUCGAAUUGCUUCAUCGUGAUUUAUGAGCUCCAUAGCUGGACGGAAUUUGUUACGCAGCUGAUCAAAGUACCACCUGGUACUACGCACGUUGUCCGCGUGGGAUCAAAUUAUGCUUCAUAUGGUCGUGACUUCGACAAAAAAUGUGUUGGUGGAGU